UUUUUUUUUUCUUACAAGAAUGAAUAUAAUAUUUACCCAUCAUUAUGAUGCUGACCAUAUCAGAUAUUUCUAUGGAGAGUUUUGAAAAUUAGAAUCUGAAACUGUAAUGUGACUUAAACACAUCCUACUUCCCAGUAGUUACCAUGGUAGCAGAAUCCAUAGUUGCCAUGUCCGCAUGUCAGUGUAUUUGGGACUGCUUAUAUUAAAUUCCUCUUUAUCUUUACUCCUCUACGUUCUCAUCGACUAGACUCGAGUUUUCUUCACCUUUCGGGUUCCCUGGUAUGACAGCGAUACUGACUACCCAGGACUUUUAAGAUAUGAACCGCUGUCACUAUAUUAUACAGUUAUUUUAAUCGUUCUCUGAGCUUCCCUUUAUCACAUCUGGCAACCCAGCGGAGAAGCGCCGCAUCCUGUCAUACAGACCGGGAUUAGCUAGCUAAUGAUUUACACAGACUGUACUAAAUCCACUCAGGACACCUUCACAUCACUUCACAAGGAGUGCUAUGGCCAAACAGUCUGAUGACAUCACCUCAGUAAAUGGUCUCACCCUCACAGGCCAUACCUCUCAACAUUAUUCAGAAAUGAAUCUGCAAAGGAUCUACAUGGACUACAAUGCCACUACUCCACUGGAACCAGAAGUGAUCCAGGCUAUUUCUGAAGCCCUUCAGGAUGCCUGGGGAAACCCGAGCAGCAAUUAUAUAGCAGGCGCUAAAGCCAAGGCAAUAAUUAAUCAUUCCAGAGACAAUGUGGCGAGAAUGGUUGGAGGUAAAGCAGAGGACAUCAUUUUCACAUCAGGUGGAACAGAGGCCAAUAACCUGGUGCUCCACACUGCUGUGGAGCACUUCAGGAGAAGCUGCAGGGCUGCGGAGCAAGGUGAAGGGCACCAGAAUGGAAACAAUGGCCUCCCUCACAUUAUCACCUCUAAUGUGGAACACGACUCGGUCAAACUAGUAGCGGAGCACCUACAGAAAGAUGGCAAGGCAGAUGUGACAUUUGUGCCUGUGUCUAAGGUGACAGCCCGCGUGGAGGUGGAGGAUAUCAUUGCUGCGGUGCGUCCAAACACUUGUCUCAUCUCAAUCAUGCUGGCCAACAAUGAGACAGGAGUCAUCAUGCCACUCCAAGAGAUCUGCCAGAGAAUAAAAUCCCUCAACAAGCAGCGCGAUCAGCUCAGGAUCCUGCUCCACACGGAUGCUGCUCAGGCUCUGGGGAAAAUCCGAGUUGAUGCCUGUGAACUGGGAGUGGAUUACCUCACCAUCGUGGGACACAAGUUCUACGCCCCUCGGAUUGGUGCUCUGUAUGUGAACAGCCCUGGAGUGAGGACACCGUUGUAUCCCAUGCUGUUUGGAGGAGGACAGGAGAGAAACUUCAGACCAGGCACAGAAAACACACCAAUGAUUGCUGGUCUGGGAAAGGCUGCAGAACUGGUGACCUCUAAUCUGUCAGAUUAUGAGGGCCACAUGCGAAGUACCAAACUUUACUUGGAAGAGCGACUGAAGGCCGUCUUUAAAGACAAGAUCCACUUCAACAGCCAUUACCCUGGCUCUGAUAUCCUCCCUAACACAUGUAACGUGUCCAUCCUGGGCCCGACAUUACAAGGCUGGAGGGUAUUGUCCAACUGUAGGAGGCUGCUGGCCAGCGUUGGCGCUGCCUGCCACUCAGACAGUGGAAACAAGCCUUCCCAUAUCCUUCUGAGCUGUGGCGUCUCCUCAGAGGUGGCAGCCAAUGCCUUGAGGUUGAGCGUGGGCAGAGGGACAACCAAAGCAGAUGUGGAUACAGUUGUGGAAGAUCUGAGGGAAACUGUGCAGCUGCUGGAAGAAAUGAACUGAUGGGCUUCAUGUGAAUAAACAGUUAGGUCAAAUAAGGACGUACAGAAUUAAAAAUACAUCAUCUGCACUUAUUGUUACAUUAAAGUGGAGAAAGACAACUUUUCAAGUCUCCCCCAAAAACAAUAAGAUCAUGCUACCGUUAUUUUGAUACAGAGGUUGACUAGUAUUGGUUUAUCUGACCAAGCAGUAGGCUGGUUUUCAAAUUACCUCUCUAAAAGGUCUCAAUUGUUCCAAUUUGAUGGGCUCACCUCUAACUGACUGAACACCUGUAGGGUGUACCCCUGGGUUCUGUCUUAGGUCCGCUGUUAUUUCCAGUCUAUAUUAAUAGUAUAGCAUCAAAACAUGGAUGGUGCCAACUUUCAUUUUUAUGGGGAUGAUACAGUGAUAUAUUAGGCCAGUUCCUCCAUUACAGAGACUUUGGUAAAAUUGCAGGCUGUAUUUAAUUUUAUCCAGAUUCAGUUUUCACAACUAAAGCUCAUAAAACUAAGGUAUGUAUUUUUCAAAUGCAAGGAAAAAGCCUGUGAAAACCAGUAAUAUUAGUAGUGCUCAGGGAAAGAAGUUAGAAAUGGUCUCUUGUUACAGAUAUCUUGGUAUUUGGCUUGAUGACUUCCUGUCUUUUAAAUCUCAGGUUGAUACUGUUUUUAAAAAGCUGAGGUUGAAGUUUGGGUUGUAUUUCAGAAACAAAACCUGUUUCUCCUUUGAGGCCAGAAAAAGAUUGGUCUCUGCUACGUUUUUAACGCUUGUGGAUUACAAUAAUCUGUUGUACAUAAAUGUAUCUGUGCAUUGCUUGCAUAUGAUACUGCAUACUAUAGUGCUUUGAGAUUUGUUACUGAUUAUAAAGCCUUCACCAAUUGCUGUACGCUUUUUUCCCAGGGCUGGUCGACCUUUUUCGAGGCUCAGUCAUUGAUUUAUGUUCAUUUAUAAAGCCAUAAGGGGCAAACUCCCUUCAUACAUUUGCACUUUGAUCUAACUGUAGUUGAAGUUUGAGAUCUCAAGAUUUAGUCUUGUCUGUUCCUAGUGCAUGGACUGAGCUCGGAAAGAAAGCUUUUAAAAGCCUUCAAAAAAGAUUUCAAACUGAGAAGAAUGAUCUCUCUACUGGAUUUUAAACCUCUCAUAAGUGCAAGGGUGAAUGGAUCAUUUGGUACUUGUCAUUGUGUGUAGGUAUUUUAAUAUUUCUACAUGUUACUGUAUGUCCUCUGUGUUUUUUAUUGUGCUUAUUUUUGUUUGUAACUUUUUGUCAUGCUGUUGUCUUGGCGAGGUCUCCCUUGAAAAAGACGUCAGUGAUCUCAGCGGGACUUACCAGGGUAAACAUGGGUUAAAUAAAUUUAACAAAAGAAAAGGUCACUCUUCAUUUUCCUCAGAACCUAACAACUACAGUUCAAUCAGGAGAGACUCGUUUUUAGUUUUGGAAAAAAAAAUUUUUAAUGACAAGUGCACAUGAGAAUGAAAAUGUGAAUGCCUAGAAUGACAGCUGAAAGCUGCAGAGGAGAGAACAGAUGUAAAAUCUCGCAGUGACGACCUGAUUGGCUGAUGGAGGUCGUGGCUAAUUACAAUAGGACAGCUAGAAGAGUGAACGCCCAGAGGCAGCAGAUUGGAGGAAGCAGUGGGAGUGGGAGAGGGAGAAUUGUGAAUGAAUGAGCACAGGAAGGUCUUCCUGAUUGAAUUUACGCUGAGCUUCAUUUUACCUAACCUUUGAAACAUAAAAUCAUCAUAACAGCAGUAACCACUGCUCAAUUAGAAAUGCUUCUGAAAAGAAAAUAUAUUCUUUGUUUAACUUAUCAAACAGAUAUUGAAUUAUAGAUGAGUGUUUCUGGUGAUAGUGUCAGCUAACAUUUAGCAACAUGGCUAAGGCUAGCUAUGAUUUCUAACGCUAGUGGCCAGUCACAAACAAUUUGUUUCUGGCUGGUACUGGCUUACUUGUAGCUCCUGGUUAAUUUUCUGUCUGUUAGCAUUAGCUAGUUGUAAUGUUAGCAUCAUGGCUACCAGUAACAGCCAGGCUACUUUCCAAGGCAAGAACUAGAGAUAGAAACCCUGAUCUCAAUGCUACGAUAAAAACGAGUAAAACACCCAGUAUUAUUGAUGAGUAUGUAGGUUUUAUACUUUAAAGAAAACUUCACCUGCAUUUUGCUUUUAUUGGACAGGACAGCCAAGUGUGAAAGGGGGAGAGAGAGAGAGAGAGAGGAUGAGACGCAGCAAAGGGCCACAGGCUGGACUCGAACCCGGGCUGCUGCAGCAACAGCCUUGUACACGGGGCGCCUGCUCUAUCCACUAUGCCACCGAAGCCCCCAAAGUGAUCAUUUGUAAAUCAGUUGCUUUUUUCCUUGAAUCCAUGAAGAAAACUUUGUGUUUCCUGCAUCCUUCCAAGGCUAAUCAAAGAAGGCUUGGACAUGCUCUAUGACCCCAUGGAAACUAUGGGAUAUGACACGUGCAAUGUAACUGGAGUUGCAAUGUUGUAGGGUUACAGCAGACAGCGCUAGAAAUAAAGGGAUGGUGUCCACACAGGUGCUCCUUUGGUGUGCUUGGCCCGACAGAACUUAAUGGGUACGUUCAAAGAGAUGGUGGCCAACAUACGGUAGUACAUUUUUAAAUUAAAAGCAUUUGUUUUUGGUCUUUCAUUAAGCAUCUUUUCAGAACUGUAAUUCUCACCCAUCUCUUUCUAAAGAUAUUUGGGGCUAUGGAUGCCUCAGUUAAAGAAAUCAAUCAUCCUCAUGUUCUAUGCUAGACCAACAGCUAUUGAGCCUUUCGGAAAGUGCAGACUAGAUUUUACUGCAUGUGUUGUACCCCAGUGAUGUGACACUGUGACAUCUUCUCUUUUUAACCUCCUUGCAUGCCUCCACAGUAUGAGUAGAAUCCAGAAAAUGGAUGUUUGGGAAGUUUGGAAAUGGAACUUUCAAUACAGUUCUGCUGUUUUUAAAUCUGCUUGUCUGUGACUUCAAUUCAUGGCAUGAAUUCUUCAAAAAUUCAAGGUAAAAUGCAGUGAGUAAUUGAUCUAGUGGUUAUUCUGUGGGUGAUUAGUAAUGCAAAAUGGAUGACACUUCUUUUGUGCCGUAAAUCAAUACUUCAUUGUUCCGGGAGAUCAUAACCUGGUGGCAGACAGAAUGGCAUAGUGAAAGUGACGCUUAUAGGGAACCAGUCUAAAUGCAGAUGGUGUCAUUAUUUUACAGCCAUUACAUUGUGCAAUCAACAUUUAUUUCAUAAUAACAAGUUACAGCAAAAACGUGUCUGUUGCUGCUUUAACUGAUCAUGUAAAAUGGAUGAAAUAUUUAAUAUGAAUAAUAAAAAUGGAAGAACUUGAAGUGACCUGAGGGGUGAUGUUAUGGAGAGAUGACUGUACUCAGCUUCCAUCACGUCAUGUGAGCAGCCAAUCAGCUAAUUGGCGUCAACAUUUAUGAGUGUUAUUGACAUCAAAUAUUAACACGCUUUUAAUAUUUUUCUAAUCAGCCACAAAAUAUUACAUGUAGAUGAUAAUCUCGCAAAUGUAACAUCUGUUUAG